ACAAGAGGCUACCAUGGGCACAGCAGGAAAGCUUCUAAAACUCCACAAGCAGUCCAAACCGCUCUUCUUGGUUGUCUGCCUAGCGUCGUGAAGUGUGUAGAGGACGAGUAGUCGGAGGAUGGUGAUUGGCCGAGUGCGGCGACAGGGUCUUGCGGGGAAGCAACACGAGCAUGAACCGAGGCAUGGCCAUCGCAACUCGCCAACCUCAAUGCCCAUUACCGGCGGAUACCCGGGCCCUGAAAACAUGUGGAGACAUGAAGCAGGAGGCGCGCUAUUUAGCAUCCACUUCCCCGGACCCGUCAUGGCGCCACACAGAACUCUCUCCCUUUCACCAGCAUGGCGCCACCAGUAUUGCAGACGCCCCUGUCCCAGCUACUGGGCAUCCAGUACCCCAUCAUUCUAGCCGGCAUGGCGAGAACCUCUGGAGGUCCUCUCGCAGCUGCCGUGUCUAAUGCUGGUGGUCUUGGUGUCAUUGGCGGUCUGGGCUACACGCCUGCCCAGCUCCAGUCCAUCAUCGACGACCUCAAGUCCAACCUUAAUGACCAGAAUCUCCCCUUUGGUGUCGAUCUUGCCCUGCCCCAGGUAGGCGGUAGCGCGCGCAAGACGAACCACGACUACACGCAUGGCCAGCUGGACGAGCUUAUCGAGGUGACCAUCAAGAACGGAGCAAAGCUGUUUGUGAGCGCCGUAGGUGUGCCUCCUGCGCGCACAAUCAAGAGGCUCCAUGAGGCGGGCAUCUUGAUUAUGAACAUGGUUGGACACCCCAAGCACGCGAAAAAGGCGCUGGACGCUGGCGUGGACAUUGUAUGCGCCCAGGGCGGAGAGGGCGGUGGGCACACUGGCGACAUUGCAAACAGCAUCCUGAUACCGGCCGUUGUGGACGUUGCGCGCAAGUACAAGAGCCCGUUGACAGGCGAGCCGGCUAUGGUGGUGGCUGCGGGAGGCAUCUACAACGGCCGCAGUCUAGCCAGCAGUCUGAUGCAAGGCGCGCAGGGCGUAUGGGUGGGCACGCGCUUUGUCGCCUCAACCGAGGCAGGCUGCUCUAAGAUGCACAAGGAGAACGUCGUCACGGCCGACUUCACAGACACGGGUCGCACGCUGGUUGUCAGCGGCCGCCCUCUGCGGGUCAGGUACAACGACUACAUCAAGGAAUGGCAUCAGAGGGAGGACGAGAUCAAGAAGUUGACUGAGGCGGGCAUUGUGCCCAUUGCCAAGGACAUGGACGAUGGCAAGGACGUGGACAUCCCGUUCCUGAUGGGACAGGUCGCGGGCGUGAUUGACGACAUCAAGCCCGCAAAGCAGAUUGUCGACGAGAUGGUGCAAGAGGCAGUCGACAUGCUGAGAUUGGGCCAAACGUACAUAGGAGGAGCGGCGGGAGUUAGGAGCAAACUGUAGUAAGGACAGGGUGCGGGAGUUUAAGUUUGUUUUGAGUUGCUGGGCUUGGACAUGUCUGUGCUGUUUGUGUUUCGGUAGGGCUGCAUCCGCCCUGAGCUGCUUGUUCGUUGUUUCGGUUCGUGGGACGGGUAGUGUGAUAUUAUAUUAAUUUGUUGUGCCAGUGCAACCGUCGAGGUCAAGAGGCUCGCCGUGCACGCCCGCUCCAGGGCCAGUAGUGCUGAAACCCUUCCUUCAAACCAUACAUGCUUUUUGUUUUAUUUUGGGCGUGUCGGAUGAGCAAGCAC